AUGCAUAUAGAGUGGGCACGACUAAGGACCUUCUCGAAUUUCCAAUUCACUAUGGAUGUCAGUAUCAUUCAACUGGCACGUGCAGGAUUCUUCUUGAGUGACAAUGACUGUGUCACAUGUUAUUCAUGUAAUAUCACACGGACAAGCUGGGAUGAUAAAGAAGAUCCGGAUAUUUAUCAUCGGAAAGUGUCACCAACUUGUAACAGCGUGGAAGGACCGUGUAGUAGAAAUAUUCCAAUUACUCGUGAUUCAGACGUAACAGUAGCGCCGGAAGUAAAUCAUGUACCGGAAGCUGACCGAAGUGAAAAUGUCUCUGAAACGUCGAAUAGAUACGAUAUCUUCACGGAUAAUCAGCCGAACUGUGCACGACCCCAUCAUGAAAAAGAUGGACACCAGUUGAGAGGUCCAGGGUAUAAGCCAUGUGGCGCUAACCAUGCAGUUUCAUCACCUGACGAUACAACAAGAGAUCCUCAUGAUGUGACACGGGUCGAGGACACAUCAGCGGAGACUAACCACACAGCAUCACAAGCAGAUAGUAUACCAAUGGGAGUAAACCACAAUGCGCCGCAAUUUAGAAAUGAAAGUGACAUUCCAAGUAGUAUAGCAUCGCCUGUGUCGGACCCAUUCUGUGUAAGCUUUACCAAACCGAAAUAUCCGGCUUACGCCGUGCUCAGUGUGCGUGAGGCUUCAUAUGACGCAUGGCCGAAACACCUUACGCAGACAAGGAAGAAGAUGGCAGAAGCAGGAUUUGUCUACACGGGACACUCCGACUACACUCGCUGUUUCUUUUGUGGGGGUGGACUUCGAAACUGGGAACCCUGGGAUGAUCCAUGGGGAGAGCAUGCGCGAUGGUUUCCGAGAUGUGUGUAUUUACUCCAGAACAAGGGCAAUGACUUUGUUCGAAGCAUCAAACAGUCUUGUUCGUCUUCGUGUGAGAAAAACACCAGUGAAGCAUCGUCAGAUACUGAAAGUGAGCUUGCCACAGACAUUUGGAGACAUGCAGCUGUUCAGAGUUUGUUGAACAUGGGUUAUAAGAAGGCUGUGGUAGAAAGCGCCGUCUGUUCUCUAAUCAACCACAAAAUUAUCUCAACAGGUUUACGAGAUAUUGAAGCAGCAGAUAUACUUGACGAGGUAUUCCGAAUAGAAGAAACAGAAGACAGAAGUCACAUGUCUGAUCCAAGGUCCAUCCAGAGAACGAGUGACACGCAUCCUGACACGUCUUCUAAUUCUGAGGACACAGAAAUCCAACGUUUAAUGUUUGAGAACCAAAAGUUGAAAGAAAUAUCAACAUGCAAAGUCUGUUGUGAAGUCGAGGUCGCUGUGGUGUUUCUACCCUGUGGUCAUUUCGUUUGUUGCUCCCAGUGCGCUCCGGCCAUGGUUAAAUGUCCAGCGUGUAAGGUGACCAUACGAGGUUCAAUCAAAACCUUUCUCGUGUAA